CCUCUACCACUACAUUGGUGCAUUGGUACAUCGAUGCAUUGCGAAGGAGUAAAAUGAAAAAAAAAUCUGACACAGCCACCCGUACCUGACCCAAACGAAGGUCUGCAAUCUGACAUCGAAAAAAUUUUCAUUUUUGUCUGAACAGGAUGCUUGAGGAGAAAGAGCACGACCUUAUAGUUUCGUGGGGCAGAAGUGGCGAGAGCUUUGUCGUCAAGGAGCCCAACGAAUUUGCCAAGGUGAUCCUGCCCAGGCAUUUCAAGCACAACAACUUUGCCAGCUUCGUGCGCCAGCUCAACAAGUACGAUUUUCAUAAGAUCAAAACCACCGAAGACUCUGCAAGGCCAUAUGGCGACCAGGCCUGGGAAUUCCAGCACCCAAAAUUUCAGAUCGAUAAGAGGGAUCUUCUUGAAGAAAUCAAGCGAAAGACCCCGAUCAACAAGAAAACAUCUGCUGGCCAGACCUCCAUCUCCUCCCCUGACCAUUCCUCUAUGGCGGAGGAUUAUCAGGCACAGUUGGAUCUCAUGGCGAAGACUCAAACUGAGAUGCAUGAGCAGCUGGGAAAGUACAAGUCGAAAAUAGAGACUCAAGAUAAUCUCUUGCAGAAUCUUCUCAAGGUCCUCGGCUAUCAAAGCUCUGAAAAUGGAACGAUAACGACAAUACACAACUCAGGGACCUCAAUGAAGGAAGGCAAGACCCUUAAGUCCAAGGCUCACUCUGCCUCGCGUUCAAGAUUGUCUGGUCAAACAAACAAAGCCGACAAUCAACAAGCGCAACAACAUCUCGCGAACACCGCGUUCGCUCCCUCCUCCUCGCCGCCUAUGGCGCAAACCAUUCAUCCCCUCAUGACUGGAGGGACCGUAUCCACGAUACCAACGUCUACAUCCUCAAUGCCGACCACGACUCUCCCCCCUACAUCCUCCAUCUCUUCGACCUCGGCCUUCCAGUUUGCUCCAAAACUGUCUUCUGCCUCUUCAGGUUCAUAUUCACAUUCACCCAUGUGCCAGAACCCCAGCUUGGACGCUUCCAAAAAUGUAUCAUAUCAAUCAUCGCGGGCUCAACACAACUCGCAGCACCCAAUGCAACGCCAUAAUGACCAACAACAACAUCAGCAGCUUCCGCAUCAUGAUAACUACCAACAGCAUUUCCAGCAACAGCGGCAACAGCAGCAACAGUUCGUGUCUAAUGCUCCUCUCAGUGAUCAGAAUGCAAGGCCUCAACGGCCUAGCAUCAGCAUCCCAAACUGGUCGAUGCCGCCGAAAGUAUUGCUUGUGGAAGACGAUGAUAUCAGCAGACGUUUGAGCUCUCGUCUACUUCAGAUCUUUGGCUGCCCCUUUGAUGUGGCGGAAGAUGGAGUGGCCGCUGUUGGAAAGAUGAGCCAUCAGAAGUAUGAUAUUGUGCUCAUGGACAUCAUGAUGCCCAAGUUAGACGGUGUCUCUGCAACGACCCAGAUCCGCCAGUUUGACGCCAUGACACCCAUUAUCAGCAUGACCUCGAACACCACAACUAAUGAUAUAAUGACCUACUUUGCGAAUGGCAUGAAUGACAUCCUCCCAAAGCCAUUCUCCAAGGCCAGUCUGCUCAACAUGCUUGAGAAGCAUUGCCAGCAUCUGCGAUACCUAAAGCUGGGACCCAGUCUUAUGGGGUUCGCUCCUAGUGGGUCGGAUUCCAGUUCGGGCGAGCAGGAGAGUCGACUCAUGCUGUCUCACCGCCAAGACGAACAAUCUGGUUCAGAGACCAUGAGCUUUUCCUUGUCGGGGUUCCAGGGACAAGAAGGGCUCCAGCUCGUUUCUGGAGACAAGGGUAGUAGCCCAGACCAUCAGGGUCACCAGGGCAAUCAGCGAGACGACAUGGACAACCUGGGCCUGAGCCUGCAGCUUGGCCUUGGAGGCAUGCUCAUCCUUAACGGAGUGGACUCGUCCCUAAGCGGAGGCGUGGACGAGCAAGGAAUGUACCCUCGACAGCCCCACCAGGGCGGUAGGAAGCACGGAGUCGACCCCAACGAGAACAAUCCUCAGUCCAAUUAUGGAAUGUCGUCGAUGGGUUAUAACGACAUGAUGGAUUCUCUCAGCCACGAUGACAGUUCCAGCUCGUCCCUUUCUCCAGAUCAGACCCAUAUUCGGCUGAGCCUUGUACAUCCUUCCCAACAGCAGCAGCCGCUCCAUCAGAAUAUGCAGGGACACCAGUCCAGCCAUAUGCCCUCGCCACCAAAUUCCGGCCACCCUAACAUCUCGACAUCCUCGUCCAGCAACAUCAUGUACAGCGCCACGGAAGCAUUACAUUGCUAUCUAUUAAAUCCAACGAUGGCAUGGCUCAUGCAAUCGGCCUGACCAACCGCAACGUUGACUUUCAUGACGGACUCGGUCUUGGGUAUGGCAUGGAUCAGAGUGAUUC